AUGUCACUCCGAGGAAAAGUUUACGCGCUGACUGGCGGUGCAAGCGGAAUCGGCUUCGCAACAGCCAAAGUCCUUGCAAAACGCGGGGCUACUGUGAGCAUCGCCGAUAUUGACCCCGAUGCCGUGUCAACUGCUACGGCAUACUUUGACGAGCAGGGCCUCGAGGCUCUAGUUUCUCGUGUCGACGUCUCACAACGGCCCCAAGUUGAAGACUGGCUAGACGCUACUGUUGAGAAAUAUGGAAGACUCGAUGGGGCAGCUAACGUGGCUGGUAUCAUCGGGAAGCACCACGGUCUUCGUGCCGUAGCGGAGCUUGAGGACGAAGAGUGGCAUAAGAUCAUCGCUGUGAACUUGACAGGAACAAUGUAUUGUCUACGGGCACAGCUCAACAGGAUAGUAGACGGAGGCUCCAUCGUCAACGUUGCUUCUAUUCACGGCAUCAAGGACAGGCUGCAAACUGCACAUAAACGAGAUCUCUAA